UCUCCUCCCAGUCUGUCUGUCUCUAUCAUCAAUAAAGCUGCUCUCUGGGACAAGGAAAAACCCUCACUUUUAUACAGUAGCCACUCCAUCCUCCCAGUUUGCCUCUCUCUUGACUUUACCAAAGCAGAAGGACUAAAGAAGAGGAGACAACCUGCUCAAGAACAAAACCAGGAAAAGAAGCUUUUGACAGGAAUGGCUUCUGACCCGUCAUCGCCUGCUGUGGAGGAGGGAGUCGAGGAUGAGGAGGAUGACGUGGACAUGAACUUGGAAGAGGCAGAGAAUGGGACUAUUGGGAAAAUGCACAGUCCUCGGGGAACGUUGCUCACUCGUCGUGGGAUUACACUGCGUGUGCUUCUCAAAGACAAAGUCAUUCAGCCAGGAGAAGGCCUGCUCACCAUUCACUAUUUAGGAAAGACGUUUGUUGGAGACCUGUUGCCUGACGGGAAGAUUCGAUGGCAAGAAACGAGCCAGAUUUUCAACUCUCCCAGCGCAUGGGCCACACACUGCAAAAAGCUCGUCAAUCCAGCCAAGAAAUCUGGCUGUGGCUGGGCCUCUGUGAAGUACAAGGGACAAAAACUGGACCAAUACAAAACCAUGUGGCUGCGGAAGCAACAGCCACCACUGCAGGCUGUGGAAAUGAAUUUAGCCAGUGAAGAAGAUGAGGAAAUUCCUGAAGAGGAAGAGCUUGAAAACCACAGCAAAAAGAUCCUGAAGUCAGAUAAUCAGGUCAAAAAAGUAGAGGAGAAAAGCAAGAAACUACAAGCUAAAAGCUCUCGAGACUCCAGCCUAAUGGAUAAUGGACACAGCAUAAUAAAAGCUCGCAACAAAGACCUAGGCCCAGUUCAGUACUCUGUCAUCGGGAGCAGAGACCCAGGAAGGGAUCCUCAUACGCUUGUUGAACUAACAUCAUUCACCUCUGUGAAUAAAUUCCAGCCGUUUAACGUUGCAAUUUCGAGCAAUGUGCUGCUGCUAGUGGAUUUUCAUUGCCACCUGACCACCAGCGAGGUAGUGGGCUAUCUCGGAGGGAGGUGGGACACAAGCACACAGUUGUUGACAAUCCUCCGAGCUUUUCCAUGUCGAAUACGGCUUUCUGACAAGGACUCUGCUUCUGCAGUCGAAGAAGAGAUUUGCCAGAACCUGUUCCUGCGGGGGCUGUCCUUGGUAGGUUGGUACCACAGCCACCCGUACACGCCUGCUCUGCCCUCCCUGCAAGACAUCGAUUCGCAGAUGGAAUAUCAACUGAAACUACAGGGAACCACCAACAAUUUCCAGCCCUGUCUAGCACUGAUCUGUGGGCCGUAUCAUCAAGGAAGCACUGACUUGGAAUCCAAAAUUGCUCCGUUCUGGGUUCUGCCUCCCCCAGAGCAAAAACCCAAUGAUUAUGGCAUUCCCAUGGAAGUGGAGAUGACCUACGUGCAGGAUACAUUUCUAACCUCGGAUGUCCUACAUGAAAUGAUGCUUUUGUUGGAAUAUUACAAAACAGCUCCAGACAUUGUGAAAUUCAAAGACAAAUGGAAUGAGGACACAACAUAUUUGGAGAAAGUUAAAGGAUCCCUGGCCAAUAAGACACCAAAGGACCAAACCUUUGUCAAAGUUCUGGAACACAUUUAUAACCAGCUGAGUGCCUGCAGUUAGUUAACUUCAUUUGGAUUCUUAGCAUCUGAGAAAUGGAACGAAGCUGGGAAAAAAAGAAGGAAUGGAGGAAGGUGAAUGUGGAAAUUAUUCAGAAGAGAUCAGGAUCAGAUUGGAAUGUGAUUGUUCAGUGUUUCCUGUUUUAAAUAGUCUUUGUGUUAGAGACAAACAAAUUUGCCUCAAAAUGGUUGAAUGUUGACACCGAUUUCAGUUCGUAGAAUGUUGGUAUCUAGUUUCACAAUUGAAUGACAGCUAGAAUGCAAAACGUUAAACAUGGAGACCUUCUGAGACACUACAUUUAAGUAAUGAAUUUAAGAAUGUUUUGUGAAUGAUUUUGUAAAAGCUCACUUCCACAAUAUCUGUGUGUGUUGUGUACUUUCACAAGUUUGUAGAAUGAACUGGAAUCCUGUUGGUGAGUCCGACAAAAAAGACUAGAUCCCUGGUUGGAAGCCUGUCAUGGCAGUGUGGAAAUAGGGAAAUUGGUAAAAAGAACAUUACAAAGCUGCAGGGAUGUACUGAAAUGGUUUUUGUCACUGAGGGUACAUGUGAUAGGAUGGCUGCAAAAUCUGAAGAGGUUCUGCCUUCUUAAAAAGAAUUGUUUACUGGAAAGUUAAGCAUCUACACAGGUUCAACCUGAGAUGCAUUAGACUGACACAGAAUAGCUGGUGGAGAGUCUCACCUCUUUGUGCCCCUUUGCACAUGAAAUGGAGGAAUUAUGAGAAGUACCAGCAAUCUCAUGCUGUUGAGAAUGCCAAUGUACGGAACCCGCCUUGGAGAUUGGAAGCUUUCCAACUCUGUGUGGUCUCAUUUAAUUAUUUGUACUUUCUCCAGUAAAAAUUAGAAUCCAAUUACUCAUAAAUGCACUUGGAGAAGUGGUGAAUUUAGACCUUGCCUCCUUGUUUUUCCUUUGAUCCUUUUGCAUCUUGUUAAUUGGGGUUCACACUCCUUGGCUGGCCAGUUGAGCACUGCUGGCAGUAGAAAUUUAGCAUUGCUCCCUCUCCUUCUACUACCUAUUGAUUUUUUUGUUUUUGUUUUUUGGGAACAACCAGAACGUCACUUCACUGGGACUGUCCAAUUCAGCAUGGAAAGAGAAAGGGCUCAAUUAAAAUGACAGAACCAACAUGGCUUCCCUUUUCCCAUGAGCAACUGGCAGGGGUCCUAUUAGCUGCCGUGAGUGGUGGGUUUCAGACCAGGAGAUCACAGUUCAGAGAAUUUGAAGUACACGCCUAUGUCUCAUCAGUAUUGACAUUUUCCUGUGUAGUUUUUCCACAAGACUCUCUUUAGGCUAGUUGCAAAGUUAGUAAAAAAAAAUCAUGUCUGAAAAGCUGGGAUCCAUGCUCUUGCCUUAUCUAGUUGCCAAAAUGUAAUGAUAGUAGAUUGAGACUGUCCUAAGCUGACUGUGUUUUAGUGAGUCAGAUUAUAGUGUUGUAGGACAUUCAGGUCUUUUCUGUUGUGGGCCAUUGGGUGCUUCUUAUUACAAGAAAAAUGCAUAGUAGGUGCUUUAUAAAAUGUAAAUACCUCACGUACAAUAGGAAAGAAAAUGUGCAAGUUUUGCAAGUAUUCAGCAAGUCCUCUUACUGGUAAGUAAAACACGAGCCUGUCAUCUUUUGAAUUUCGAAUUGAAUUAACAGAUUUGCUGUCAUCAGUUAGUCGUAUUGACGCACUAACAUUUGAUCCAGAGAUGAAAAAAACAGGCUCCAUCAGGGUGUAUUGCUGAUCUUGCCCAAGGUUGCAAUAAAUUGGCCUCCCCUCAGCUUGAAGUGUGUGUGUGUGAGCGCACUAUUUGAUAAAAUUUCAUGGACAUUCACUGUCACUUGGAUAAGGCACAAGAGGUUUCCUGGCACAGGAUUAAUGUUUUCCACAGGGAGAAGUGGGAGAGGGAGUUAAAGCUCUGGUUCCAUCUAAAAUGCUAGCAACCUUCGAAAUUAUCACAGUCUUUUUAACAAGACUUUGUGAACCAGUUCAAACAGUCUUUGCGCUGCAAGACAUUCUUAUCUUUUGCAUUCUUGGUUCAUGAACACACUGUAGUCCACUGUCUUAACUAUUAAUCUUAAUGAAUCACGACCACACCCCCAACAGUAUCCGUCACAAAGCUACUAAAAACUUGCACAUAAGAGCUGCUGUGGUGUAGUGUUAGUGUCCCUAUCGCUGGACCAACCCCCACUCAGUGCACCAACAUGGCUGGUGUGUAAUAAGCAAUGGUGCGGGGUUUAUGUGUUCCCCCAGAAAUAACCAUAAAUUCCAAAGCCAUAAUGUCUUAGGAAAGUAUAAGCUGACCACUAGAUGACACUGCCGCAUUUGUUUUUUUUUCUGUUCUCUUGUGGUUGCAGUUUCGUCACUGUGAGGGGGUGAAAGGAAACAAAUUUGCCUGUUCUUCAGCAAUUAUGGUACCACCGUUUGUUUGGAUUGGCCUUCACAGGGCUGGGGUUUCCAAACAUCAAAGGCUUGCUGCGAGCAAGUGAAUAAAUAACCAGUGUCACCAUUGUACCUAGUUGUUUUAGUAAUACAGUUGAUGUUUACUUAUGGACACGAGUCCCUGUCUUGGAGCAAAUCCAUGGUAUAAACACAUGGGGAAAGAGUCCUCCACUGAGUGAAACUACUUUUGCCAAUAAACUGCUGCUGUUCGGAGUUAGGUUUCCAAUCACUAACCUGGAAAUGCUUAAUGCAGUAUUAUUGAAAUUCCUUUUGAGUUAUCUUAACGUUGGGGAAGUUAACUGGUUAGCACCCAUGACAAAAGAACAUUAGAAGCAGGUUUACAGAAACAGCACCCCUUGUGGUCGAAAUGGCCCAGAAAUCCUUCGACGGAAACCGAUUUAUUUCGUGUGUCACUGUUGUGACUAUUGAUAGUGUUGGAAUCAACAAAACACAGAGAUGGAUUCAAAGCUUUAAACCUUUGAAUAAUGCAAGAUGUUUGUUAGAAUUUCCUCAACAGACAAGGUUUUGCAUCAGAAUGCAUGAUCAGAAAUUUGCCCAAUUGUAUGAUGUCUGUAAUUUCAAGCCUUUGAUUUUUUUUUCACACGAGCAAUGGACAAGGCCAUAACAACUAGUCUGGCACUGUUAAAGAUGGCAUCUAUGAUGCCUGAAAGUUGCAGGAGUGGAUUUAGAGAACAGAAAAAAAAUUCAUUUUCAAUCUACGGAGAAAGGGGUGGCACAGUGGCUCAGUGGUUAGCACUGCUGCCUCACAGCGCCAGAGACCCGGGUUCAAUUCCCGCCUCAGGCGACUGACUGUGUCGAGUUUGCACAUUCUGCCCAUGCGUGGGUUUCCUCCCACAGUCCAAAGAUGUGCAGGUCAGGUGAUUUGGCCAGGCUAAAUUGCCCGUAGUGUUAGGUGAAGGGGUAAAUGUAGGGGUAUGGGUGGGUUGCGCUUCGGCUGGUUGGUGUGGACUUGUUGGGCCAAAGGGCCUGUUUCCACACUGUAAGUAAUCUUAAAAAAAAUGCUGCAUCAACAGAAAAUAACAAUUUGAUUUUAGUAAUCACAUUUACCUUUCGACGAAAGUAUUAGAAGCCACUUUGGUUGGUUUGACAUGUUAAGAACAAAUAGCCUCUGCUCAAAAAGACAUAGCAGUUACACUUUUUGAUCUUAAAUGGGGAUGGGGAGGGAUCACUACUUUAGCAGCAGAACGAUGCGAUUUACACAGUGUAACGCUCCUGUUCCAAGUGUGAAGGACACAACAUGGGAUUUAUCAAUUACUUAAAAGACUUUGCAGACCUGCCCAUCUAUUAUACUUUACCGAAUCAGAGUUGCAGGUCAGAUUUUCAGUCUUUAUCAACUUUGGUUAAUACAUCAACCUACAGCCAUUUCUCAGGAGCUGCAGGAACAUAACAUUCACUUAAAAUGAUUUGACUCAUGGAAUUCUUAUCUGUUUGUAAUUUAUAUUGUGACUACAUAUGUGCCACUUAUGUCCAUGUUUCUGAACAUGUGAUUGUAUUUUUGUGUUUUUUAUUGUAGCACUUUAGAGAAGUAUCACCAAUU